UUAGUUCCACUUUAAUGUCAAUAAGUUAACUUUAAAUCGCUAAAUUAAAUAUAUAUUAAUAUAUAUUUGUAAUUAUCUAGUUAAAGUACUUGAUAUUUUAUCAUCAGAUUACUAUUAAUUAACGUUAUAUUAAUACAAACACAGAAUAAUCAGUCGUUCUGUAUUUUUAAAAUAGUAUUUAUUUUUAUAUGGAUAUUAGACAUUGAUUUUUUUUUUUUACUAUAGAGUAUUAUGAAUGACGAAGAGGUAAUUUGGCGUAAACUUCUCAUUGAUGGUGAUGGAAUUGGUGAUGAUAGGCGAUUGAAUAUAUUGUUAAAGUCUUAUUUAAAAUGGUGUAAUACAAAAUAUAAUGAUCCCAUUGAAAGUUUAAAGGUUAUGGAAAAAAUGUUGGUACAUUUAAACUUGUGCGAGCAUGCAAUGAAAAAAUCACAAGCUGUAUCUCGUAUGAAUGCUGAGGAAAUUAACAUUUAUGAUAAUAUGUCAAAUGAAAUUGAUCAUAAUAUUGAAAAUACAAAGUAUGAAAUUCAACUAGCAAAGGAAGAAUUAAGAAAAGCAAAAACUAUCAGAAGAAAUCGUAUGGAAUAUGAUGUACUUGCUAAACUUAUUAUCCAACACCCUCCUAGAACUGAAACAGCAAAAAGGCUUGACGAUUUAAAGGAUGAACUCCAAGCAUUAAAGAUGACCAAAAACGAAUUAAAUCAAAAACUAGAUAAAAGAAAGAAACAAUUGCAUGUCCUUAUGUCGACAUUAAAUGAUUUAACUGAUAUCUUGGAUGAAAAUGGUUCAAUAAGUGAGGACAUGUCUUAUGAAACAUUUGAUGAUGAAGAUUUAGAUAUUUUAACCAGGAAAGAAGAUGUUGAAGAAAAAAUGUCUGAAUAAAAUUUAAUAUUUUUAAAAUUGUAUCAAUUAUUAUAAUAAAGAUUUAUAAAAUUUAUAA